AACAUCACUAAAUUCAAAGAUGCAUUUUACUCGAAUUCAUAAAGUAAUCGAUCAAAUGAUUUCUUUGUUUCAUCGGAUCGGGUUUUGGCAUGAAGAGGAGAGGACUACCGUCAGCCAACUCAGAAUUAAGUCAUUCUAUUGUAUCUACCACGCGUCGUAUGUCAGUUCAUUCUUGAUUGGAGCAAUUAAAAAAGAAACAGUAGAUGAAAGUAUUUUCUUAGCGGAAGUGUCUGUUAUUAUUGCAGUUUUAACAAUUAAAUUUUGGAUGUUGCUUUGGAAAAAGAAGCAAAUAAUGCAAUUGCUAAAUCGAGUUUGUGUCUUUUCGAUUCGAUAUGACGAAGAGUUCACAUUUUACAAUGACAGAGUGGAAAAAUUCAUCAAAUUUUUUAUUAUAUUCGCAUGUGCUACUAUGGCCACUGCAUUGGGAUGUUUAAUUUUCCCAUUUAUUGGGAAUACGAAGUCUCUCCUUUUGAACAUUGCGUUUCCAUUUGAUUGGAGAAAUAGUGAAAUUGGGUUUUGGAUGGCGUACAUUUACUUCAAUACCGAAAUGGCUGUAUCGAUUCUUGCGCUAGCGCUUUCCGUUAUAAUUUGGUAUUUAUUGCUGCAAUGUUCCUUAAGAUAUAAAAUUCUAGGUAUGGAAAUACAAACCAUGGGAAGAAUCACAGGUGAAGGUACAGUAAAAAUGACGCAAAAGGAAAAAAACGCCAUUUUUUAUAAGGACUUAGUGGCGUCGAUUAAAGCUCAUCUUCAUUUAAAAGAAAUAACCGACGAAGUGGAAUCAUUUUCAUCGAAACUGUUUCUAUUACAAUUCGCGACCAGUGGCCUUUGCAUUUGCUGUUCAAUUUAUUGCAAUGUUAGUACCAACGUUUUGGAACGACUCAUUCAUGUCUAUACGUUUUUCUACAACAUUUCGGAGUUGUUUAUGAUAACGUACUUCGGGAAUGAAAUUAUGUUGUCGAGUAGUUGUCUUACAUACAGUUUGUUCGAAUCGGAAUGGACCGAACAACCACAUUCGACCAAGAAGUGCAUAAUCAUUUUUGGUGAAUAUUUGAAGCGAUCGCAUGAGAUGCUAAUCGGUAAAUUGUAUCCGUUAACUUUGGACACAUUUACUAGGAUUUUAAAAUCUUCGUACAGCUUGUUCAACAUUCUAAAAAACACUAAGCAAUGAAAAUGGUGUGAGCAGAGG